AUGGCGCAGAAAUUUCUCGAAGAGAAACAUCUAUUAGAGGAGCAAAUUGCAGAAGAAGACGCCUUUUCGCAACAUAGCUUCUUCAGUGGAAGAUCCAAAGCGCAGGAAUGGUUGGCGAAGCAUCGGACGUCUGGAAGAUUAUCUGUAUCGGUGGAAGAAUCCAGCGAAGAAGAAGAGGAAGUAGAAGGUGCCGAGCUAGUUGGUGCUACAGUUUCUAAAACUAGAGCAGCUAUCGAGGAAAGAAAGGUGAUCGACAUUACUGCAUUGCCUCGGUCCAGGGCGGGGCGCAUCUUGGGUGAGGAAGAAACACCAAUACUACAACCUACAUCGAAUCAAAUCGCUGCAAGACAACUGUGGCCGAAGAAGUUACCUAUGUUUUCCGGUGACCCUGAAGAGUGGCCCAUCUUCUAUAGUAGCUAUUUGGAUUCGACUGCAGCGUGCGGAUUUUCUCCGGUGGAAAACGUAAUUCGUCUGCGAGAGUGCCUACGUGGCCAAGCGCGUGACGCGGUAGCAACGAAACUUAUGUUCCCAAACGCGGUGUUGUCAAUUAUGGAAACCCUUCGGCGGUUGUACGGGCGGCCGGAAUUACUUGUGAAAAAUCUACUGGCGAAAGUUCGACGUUUAGAAGCACCGAAAUCGGAACGACUUGACAGUUUGAUGAGUUUUGGUAUAGCGGUUCAACAAUUGUGCGACCACCUCGAGGCCGCAAAUCUGCGAAGUCACCUAUCGAAUCCCACUCUAUUGGAGGAACUUGUGGAGAAGCUACCGGCAUCGAUUAAAUUAGAAUGGGUUCGGUAUAAACGAGAGUUCGACGAACCAUCGUUAAAAGAGUUUGGCGAGUUUAUGGACCGGCUCGUGGUUGAUGCGAGCGAGGUGACAACAUUCGUGGCACCGAAAAAAGAGAACACUCACACUGAUAGAACAAAACACAACCUAAAGGCGCACAUACUAUCGCACAACGAGACCCCAAGUGUGACAGUAAAACAUCUUCCGCGAGAGCCAUGCCCAAUAUGUUUGAAGCUAGAUCAUCGUGUGCGCAACUGCGACAAGUUCAAGCAGAUGAACGUUAUGGAUCGUCUUAGAGCAGUAGAACGGUUUCAAGCUUUGUACUACUGUAAUGCCGAAGGUUGCCGUGUCCGCCACCAUCCAUUGCUACAUCGUGAGAUCAUUGUUCGAGCGGACUGUCAGGCUCAUCGGGUCGCGAUGAAACCUGUGUUGUUCAGGGUAGUACCUGUCACUCUGCAUCAUGGUGCUCGAAGCAUAGACACGUUUGCUUUCCUUGACGAAGGAUCGUCUCGCACCUUGAUCGAAGCUAGUUUAGCACAACGCUUAGGAAUCAACGGAGUACCGGAGCCAUUGGAGUUGACGUGGACAUCAAAUGUAGUCCGUAAGGAGCUUUCAUCGAGGCGAGUUGACUUAACAAUUUCUGCGAGAGGAGGAAAAGAACGAUACAAACUUGCAUCUGCCCACACUGUCAAAGGCGCACUUAACCUGCCGAAGCAGAGUUUGCAAAUGAGCGUUAUAGGCAAGCAUUUCAAACACCUUGAGAAUAUUCCAACGAUGUCGUUCCAAGAGGCGGAAUCAAAAGUGCUCAUCGGCCUACAGAACUUGGAGUUAUUUGCACCACUUGAAAGUCGUGUUGGUCAAUCAGGCGAACCUAUAGCAGUAAGAAGCGUUCUUGGAUGGACAAUUUACGGACCUUGCGGAGAGAACCAAGACUCGUACCAGUUUCUGGGUCUGCACGGCUGUAAGUCUGAAGUCGAUCGAGAGCUAAACGAGAUGAUCCGAAAAUAUUUCGUAAUGGAAGAAGUAGGAAUGAAUUCGGUACAACUACCAGAACCAGCUGAGAUAGUUCGAGCGAAAGAAAUAUUAGAGCGAACAACAGUUCGCGAGAAUGGUCGAUUUGUCACUGGGCUGCUGUGGAAAAGCGACAGGAUACAGUUCCCCAACAGCUUGCCGAUGGCAAUUAAGAGGAUGAAAGGCCUAGAAUCUAAACUGGCGAAAGAUCCCGAACUACGAACUAAUGUUCAUCGGCAAAUUCGUGAGUACGUUGAAAACGAUUACACACAUAGGGCAACAAAUGAAGAAUUGGCGCUGGUGGAUCCUAGUCGCGUCUGGUACCUGCCGCUUAAUGUAGUAGCUCAUCCAAAGAAGCCGGAAAAGAAGCGACUCGUAUGGGAUGCGGCUGCGCAAGUAGAAGGGGUUUCGUUGAACUCUCAACUUCUGAAAGGUCCAGAUCUGCUGGCCCAGCUACCGGGUGUUAUAAGCAGAUUCCGUGAAAGACGUAUUGCUUUUGGGGGGGACAUUGAAAAAUGUUCCAUCAAAUCCGGAUCAAAAGAGAGGACACACAUUCACAGCGAUUUUGUUCCGUUUUGA